CAGCGUUCGAAUCUCUUACUUAGAGAAAGAUGAAUGUGUUCAACCCAAAUCGAAACAUCCAGUUAACCAGGAUAAAGAAUUUUCUACUGGACAACGUUGGAUAUCAAGAAUUUCUAUCGCCUGGUGCAACUGUAGUGAAUCCGGUGCAGCCUUCUCGCAUCGAUUCCCUAACGAUGGGCUCCUCACAAAUAGCUCCACGGAAAAGACUGCCAGACUGUCCUCAAGAAGAAAAUACAGAAAAUCGGGCAGCAAGCAACAAGCAUCGAGCAAGAAAAAGAAAUCGAGGUCCAAAACCAAAGAAAAUGUACGACGGCAAUGGACCAAUUCAGCUGUGGCAACUAAUUUUGUCAGAGCUCGUUUCUUCAUCGUCAGAGCCUCUUGUGGAAUGGACUAAGAAAGACAAAUACGAAUUUCGCAUUUUGCAGCCUGAUAAACUGGCGGCCCUAUGGGGAGAGCAGAAGAAAAAGACCAAUAUGAAUUUUGCAAAGCUUGCGCGAGGUUUGCGGUAUUACUAUGGAAAGUCCAUUCUGGAAAAGGUUCGUGGCCAGCAGUUUACCUAUCAGUUUGUUAUGGACAUCGAUGCAAUUCUCGCGAACGAUUCUGAUGGCGAAGCUUCCGACGGUGGAGGCAGGAGCACACCUGAUGUUUUUUGUGAAGCACAGAGAACUCUGGAACAAAGGGAGGGGUAUGGGGAAACAGAGACACAACUCACUGGUACAAGGGUGGGUGGAUAUGUGGGUGUAUGGGGGGACUUUGGAUGCCCAAUGGAGGCAUCGAGGGACACUGGGGGUGCUGAACAGGGUGUAAUUGACAUAGAGGGGAUAGUGCAGAAUGCAGGAGAGACAUUUGGCUGCAAGGGGGAGAGUUCAAGGCUCCCUAUGGGGAUAUCAAGGGAUACUGAGGGAGGAAAAGAGGUUGCUAUAGGCACUAAGGGGGUAGAAUGGAACUUAGGGGAAGCUUUUAGGGGAACAGGAGAGGGAAAGGUGAGAAAAUUGUGGGGCCAAGAGAAUAAAGGGAUGGGAUGUGAUACCACAGAUAAAGAUUUUGGAAUUGUGCCUGGAGGAAUUGAAAGCCUCCCUGGGGGGUGUGGGGUUAUUAAGGGGGAGCUAGGGGAGAUAAAGUCAUUCGAUUUAAGUGAUCUUAUUGAAUCCAAUGACACAAGUAGCUUCUAUGAAGCACUAUAAGUAUGUCUUGUAUCAAGCAUAAAUUACUUU